AUGCCAUCACCACUAGAUCACCCACACGACUUCUCUCCUCUCUUGAAACCCUCACAAUGGAUCACAUUAUACGCCCUUACAUCAGUGGUCUUUCAGACUCUCGACCAAAAAGAGAUUCAGUCUAUUUUAGCUGAAGCCCCGGCUGGGGCCGACCCGGAGUCUAUCAAAGCCGUUGCAGCAAGUGAGAGCAAUUAUUCAAACAUAGAGUUUCGGAAAUGUCUGGAUGUUUUCCUAAGCACCAGGCUUCCACGAAAAACGGUCGAUCAAUUUGCUGCGGUGCUAGAUUUGCUCAAUUCUGUUCCGGGGUGCGUUCUGUUGACAUACUCAUCAACACUUUUCCACUUACAGUCCCUUGAUAAACGGGGAGGGCUUAUUCGUUUCUGGCUCAACCCUGCCUCGAUUGUUCUAUUCCCACCUAUACGAGCAUUUGCCAAAGCGAUAGUCGCGAUCACCAAGACUGUAUGGUCUAGAUCCAUAUCCAAAGAUGUACUUCAUGGUGCUCUUGGGCACAAAGCGAGAAUCGGAAGGAUAGCUGGAGAGAUUUACUCUGACCAAGUAAAUGAAAAAUAUCGACCAUUCCAUCAAUUCGAAUUCCUCGACUUUUCAUCAAGCACAGGAAACCAAGGUGUAGAAGAUUUAAAAGAGAUUGAAUAUGACGUGGUAAUUGUCGGAUCUGGCUGUGGUGGAGCUGUGGCAGCAGCGAGGUUAGCAAAAGAGGGAUACAAAGUUGUGGUGGUAGAAAAGGGCAUUUGGUAUCCAACGGAUCAACUCCCACUGCCUGAGCUCCAAGCCCUUGAAGAGAUAUUCGAGGCAGGAAUGACAUUGACUUCCGAUGAUGGCAGUAUCGCCUUUGCUGCAGGUACUACUUUUGGGGGCGGCGGCAUGGUUAAUUGGGCGGCAAGUUUACAAACUCAAGGUUACGUUAGGGAAGAAUGGGCAACCAAAAACGGCCUACCGUUCUUUAUGUCACAAGACUACCAGAAAUGCAUGGAUUACGUCUGUAAUCGUAUGGGUGUCACUGAUGAAAUUGAGCAUAACCAUCGGAACAGAGUUAUUCUCGAAGGUUCUCGAAAACUUGGUUGGAGAGCAAUCACCGUACCGCAGAAUAUUGGGGCUCCGCUGGAUGGGGAGGUUAAGCGGCACAGAACUCAUGAUGACGGGUUCUGCUGUUUCGGUUGUGGAGGGAGGGGGGCAAGCGAAGGAAGAAAGAUGGGGACAACCCAAACGUGGCUUCCAGACGCAGCAAAAGCCGGCACCAAAUUUAUACAAGACUUUUACAUCGAUAAAAUCAUCUUCUCAGACGAAAAGAAGACAAAAGCAAUAGGCGUGGAGGGUACAUGGGGUGCUAAGAUUCAGGGAGGUAGGACGGUAAAAGUAAUCAUCAAAGCCAAAAAGGUUAUUAUCAGUGGCGGGAGCAUACAUUCUCCCGCCAUCUUGAUAAGGAGUGGGUUAACUAACCCAAAUAUUGGGAAAAAUUUCCACGCCCAUCCCGUCUGCCUCAUGACUGGUUUCUUCCCUACCCCUACAAACCCUAUGUCUGGCUCUAUCCUGACAAGCGCUUGUACCGAGUUUGAAAAUCUCGAUGGUCUCGGACAUGGCGUUAAGCUAGAAACCUCCGUUAUGCCGCCUUUGAUAUGGAUGCGCACGUUCCCUUUCAACGAUCACGUGCAGCUCAAGAGGCAUAUCUUGAACCACCAUCGGGCAGGGUGUUUCCUGGUAUUACUCAAAGAAAAGGAUCCAGGUAGAGUUUACUGUGAUCCAGCAACUGGAAUGCCGCGAAUUAGUUACACCCCCAGUGCGGAUGAUCGGGCGAUGCUGUUAAAGGGCGUUGUUGCACUAUCAAAGCUCUUGUUCAUCGAAGGUGCAGAGGAAAUUGUUCCUUACCACUCGGGAAUGCCUACAUUCAAACGAAAUCCUACUGCCGAAGAGCUUGCAUUAGAGAAAGAAGAGGAAAAUGAAGAGCUUGAAAAAGUACUCGAGAUACUCUUUUGUAACGAUAGCCUACAAACACCUGUCGAAGAGGAGGAAAGAAAGUUUGACGAUCCCGGUAUCAACGACAAGCGGUUUCAACGGUGGCUUAAAAAACUAGAAGAUUAUGGAUUGCCAUUGCCGCAAUCUAGUUUUAUAAGCGCACAUCAAAUGGGGAGUUGCAGGAUGGGGAGUGAUGAAGUUGAUUCCGUGGUCAAUGAUAAAGGUAAGGUGUGGGGAUCAGAGGGGCUAUUUCUGGCAGAUUCGAGUGUUUUCCCCAGCGCAAGUGGAGUCAACCCGAUGAUUACUGUGAUGGCCAUAGCACACCAUAUUGCAGGAGAGAUCGUAAAAGAACUGAGAGUCGAAAAUGAGAAGUAA